AUGGGCAAAGCACAGAAGGAACGUCUUGCCGCCAAGGCCGCGGCCAACGCGACCAUGUUUGGCCGCCCCGCCCCCGCGCCGCUGGCCCCCGCGGCCCCGAGCGCCAUCUCGGCGGCCGCCCCGUCGUACAACCCGACGGUCAAGGCCUUCGUGCCCGGCAGCGCGCGCCCAUCGUCGGUGCAUUCUUCUAGCAGCGAGGCCGAGCCCGAGAAGGAGUUCACCCGCGUCCUCGGCAACGAGGAAGACUGCGCCACGUUC